GGCCGUGCCCAUGAUGAGAACGUGCGAAAUUACUUGUGGAAUUGAAGUUUAAAGGAUUAGAAUUGAUAAAACAACAAUUAUUUGUCGAAGGAGUAAUCCCCCGGUUAGGUCAAGAAAUCGAUAAACAUAAAAAAUGGGAGAUUAUUACGAGUAUGACAGCGAUGAAAAUGAUGAUCAGAAGCAACCAAUUCAUCGCAAAAUCUACCCAAUCUACGGCCGAGACCGCCGGCGCAGUGAAGGGUCGACGUAUCUGGUUGGAUCGUCGGGCGACAGCGGUGGCAGUGCCCUAAUGAAUUUUGACAGUGAUUCUCAUUGUGAUCCGAAGGCCCUGCUUCAAGCGGUGGUGUUUGUCGAAGAUGCAGUCAAGUUCAGGAGCAUCAAACACAAGAUAGACCCUUUCUCUCUCUGGUACUAUAGGGUCUACUAUUCAAGGCCAAUUCAGUGGACACUCUACAUAGCAAUCUUCACUAUCCUGAUUCUAGCAUUCUUCGAGCCCCCAUCCUCCCUCACGACCGGUAACAGCUCCGACCCCCGUUACCGUGGCGACCGCAUCCAUGCACCCUGCGGCGUGACAGAGGGUAUCGAGUUCGUCUGUCUCCUCAUCUUCUUUUACGAUGUCUGCACGAAGAUUUAUUUAAUAGGUCUGUCGGAGUUGAAGAAGAGCAAAUGGCUUGUUGCCUACGUCGUCGUCAUAGCUAUCUCUCUCAUCGAUUGGCUGGUCACCAUCAACUUCGCCUGCAAUGAGCUGUUGAGGGUUCGCCGCUUCCUACGGCCCUUCUUCCUUAUCCAGAACUCACAGUUGAUGAAGAAAACUGUGAGGAGCAUCAAAAACACUAUGCCAAAAGUAGCAAGUGUGAUCCUACUUCUCCUGAUCCACAUUUACUUCUUCACCAUGUUUGGAAUGCUGCUGUUUCCCAGACCUGAAGGCGAUGUUAAACCCUCGGAUCUUAAUAACAGGACAGUGGUGAAUCAGACAACAUUGACAGUCAAUGCUUCAAAAAUAGUGGAUGCUAGAUUAUUCCAGGAAGGAUUGCAGCAUUUUGCCAGUAUAGGGGAAUCAUUUUUGAGCCUCUUAGUGCUCCUCACUACUGCAAACAACCCCGAUGUUACCAUGCCCGCGUACCAAAACAACCGAUUCUAUGCUCUUUAUUUCAUCAUCUUUCUUGGGAUUGGUCUUUAUCUUUUCUUCAAUAUGCUUACUGCUGUGAUUUACAAUGAAUUCAGAGGAUAUUUAAUUACGUCAAUGCAGUCCAGUCACUUCCGUAGGAGAUUGGGGUUCCAGGCAGCGUUUGAAAUGUUAAGAGCUCAAAUCAGGACGGUCAACGGAAGCAUUGAGAGAUCAACUGUCAGUGUCAGUGUGGUAAAGUCUGUUGUUCUCCAAGCGAGUAUACCGCAGUCGGCUAAAAAGACAAUUUUAACAGAGUUAGAUGCUAAUAUUGGUGGAGUAAUUACAUCAUCUGAGUUCCAAAGAUUGUUCGAUUGUCUAGAUCAUCAAGCAGACGGAGAUGAGACUCCAAGUCCUAGACAAAUAACUAGACCAAGACUACGGAAACUCCAAGCCUUCGUCGUUCAUCGUUUCUUUGGUUACUGCGGAACGGCUGUGGCUGUUGUAAACAUCAUAUUUAUUAGUAUCGAGAUCUCUACGCAAUACAACAGAAGCCUUUAUCACAGUGAUUCGGAAUUGACAAAGUUCAACAUAGUUUUCAUCAUUUAUUAUUGUAUAGAACAGAUGCUGAAAUUUUGGGCCCUCGGUUGGAGGUGUUUCAAGUCUUCUGUGACCAACAUCCUUGAUGCCCUCUUCACAGCUGUCUUACUAGUAGCAGAGAUAUUGUAUCUUUCGAUGGAAGGAUCUCAAACUUUUCCAGAUAACACCAUUGGCUAUGCGAUGUACGAUCUUGUCAGGAUAAUAAACAUUCUCAUCACCUUCCGGCUUUUCAGGAUAGUUACUCAUUUUAAAACCAUGGCCAUUGUGAUUAGUACGAUGCUGGAUCUGGUUAGAAAUCUACGAGCCUUUCUUGGCAUCCUUGUGGUAAUCUACUAUGUGUUUGCAAUUCUUGGGAUGGAAAUCUUUCGAGAUCAGAGCCCACAACCCCCCAAUAUCACUGACAUCACUCAAAUACCAAAGUGUGGGACCUAUGAGCAGUUGAAUUACUAUGCAAACAAUUUUGAUGAUUUUGCUUCGGCCAUUGUUGUACUGUGGGAUAUCAUGGUUGUUAAUAACUGGCACGUCUUCCUGGCAGCCUACUCUCAAACAGUAAAUAGAUGGUCUCAGAUGUAUUUCAUCGCUUGGUAUUUUACAUCUGUAUUAGUUUGCCUCAAUGUAUUUACUGCAAUCAUUCUAGAGAAUUUUAUCACAUCCUGGGAUCGUAGCCAGAAGAGGCAACAGCAGUCUAUAGAAGAGGGCAAUAGACCAACAGCUUAUCUUAUGUCUGUGCAUACUAUGUUUAGGGACGAUCUUCAAGAGCCUACUGAGAGUGAACUGCUAGAUGAGAUCUUCAAGCAUCCUCAUAUACAAAACCUGCGCUUCUGAGACAAUCCCUUUAAUUUUAGUCAGCGUUUUGUCAAUUUCCUUGCCGACUCAACCCAUAAUAAAUAUGUUUUAUAUAAAGUAAGGGGGAAAAUCAACCAAAGAUGUAAUAACUGCAUGUGUUUAUAUGGCAGUGGUGACUUUUUACCUGAUUGCAAAGAAAGCACAAGUGCUUGUGAAAAAGCAACCAGAGGAUUGACAGCUUAUGUCCUAUCCAAGGGACCUGGUAAUGAGGAUCAAUGCCUUUUACUAAAGGGUACUAGCGCACCAAGUGGGAAACAAACCUGGGACACUGGAAUCCGAAACCCCUGCUCU